GUGAACCAGAAUUAGCGGCGCGGCAAUUGUGGGUCAUUGGGCCUUUGUGUACUAACCAAUGAUUCCAAACGAGAUAUUGUGUUUCUCUUUCCCCUUGUGGAGAUCGCUUUAUCUCGCCAAAAAAAGUGCAAAAUAACCUUUCAUCCUCUCGGAGAAUGAGAAAGAAAGAAAUGUCCUUCUGGAUCUCUGUCCUGAAAAUGUUUAUACCUUUCAUGACAGCAAGCAUUACCCUUCAUCGUAGUCCAGUAGCCAAAAUUGAAUAUAUUAUCUUCAUCUUUACUUCCUCUAAAUCAUUAGAUCUCAAUUUACUUCAAUUUUCUAAUCUAUUUACUCUUGCUGACUUAACUUCUAGAACGAGAUCUCUGCAAACCCAAUCCUUGCCAGUUUGGCAACAAAUGCCAUCAAACGGGAGUUGACAGUUAUCAAUGCGUCAAGAAUCUCUGCAAUCCCAGUCCCUGCAUGCAUGAUGGACGUUGCAUCGAAAUCAAUGAAGAAGAUUACUUAUGUGCGUGUAAACCGGGCUAUUCAGGGAAAAACUGUAACGAACGUGACUUGUGCCAUCCAAACCCCUGUAUGAAUGGUGGAACGUGCUCCAGGACAGCAUUUGGAGGGUAUAAGUGUGAGUGCACGUCGGGAUAUGGCGGAACGAACUGUACAGAAUUCGAGAACCAAGUUAACGCAGAUGGUCGACACAACGUGCCCGUUUUCCAUAGCACCGAACUUCCAAACAACUUAAAAGCCGCGAGCCCAACACACAGUGUCACAGGUCUGGCUUUACAAGCAAGGAACAAAACAACUGAGUCGGUGUGCAGUCCAAACCCCUGUCAGAAUGGCGCCUCCUGCUCUAUAAAGGGGCAUUCGUAUGAUUGUUCCUGCCCAAGGGGAUUCAAAGGAAGAAACUGCCAGAUGAAAGCAACAAAAGUGAGAGUACAUCUAAAGCCUCAUAUGGAUUAUUGCAAUCCAAAUCCUUGCAAGAACAGAGGCGUUUGUGUGGUAGAAGAAGGGAAAGGAUACAGUUGUACCUGUGAGCCAGGAUUCACUGGUUUUCACUGUCAAGUGGACCACUGCGUUCCAAAUCCUUGCAGAAAUCGCGGUCUUUGUCUCCGAGAGAAGAACAACCAUUACAGGUGUCACUGCCAGAACGGCUUUCUAGGACGUAACUGUCAAGUUAAUUCAUGUCUGCCCAAUCCUUGUAAAAAUGAUGGCUUGUGUGUAACGGUUCACGGAAAAGGUUACCAGUGCAAGUGUCGAGAUGGAUUCAAUGGCCCCCACUGUGAAAACAAUCCAUGUUAUCCUAACCCCUGCAAUAAUGGAGGAAGCUGCUUAGUCUUCUACACAGUAUACCUGUGUAAAUGUCCAAAGGCUUAUCGAGGAACGAGAUGUAACGUGCUUAUCCCCGAGCAAGCUUUGGCCCCUGCGCCACCUCCUGUUCAAUCAACCAACUUCAUUACUGAGGUAUCACCCGUGCGCAAGACAACAGAACACUUGAAGACAAACGCUUGCACCUCCAAACCUUGUCUCAACUCCGCCGUGUGUCUCGAGACAAUUGACGAUAGCUUCGAGUGUUUUUGCCGCGGUGACUUCUCUGGACCAAGAUGUGAAGAUGCUGGAGCAUACAAGUACUCCUCAGCGCCAAAAUUCUUUCCUGGAAAAGGAGAGGAGUGUCAGCAUUGCGAUCGGAACGCUCAUUGUGUUGGAGGACAUUGCAUCUGCAAGCAUGGAUUUGUGGGGGACGGUUUGGAUUGCUGGGUUGAAACCCAGCGGGACAAGGACUGGACGUGUAUGGUCUCCCCGUGCAAGAACGGAGGAACAUGCAAACCAGGGAUAUCGAAAUGCGUCUGUCGGCUGGGAUACGUUGGCGACUACUGUGAAUCUCACUGCCCGCCAUCAGUCCAUAUAAGUUUCGACCGGUUUUCGAAGGGUACAUUACUGGAUGACUCUGGAAGUGUAAAUAACGCUUUCAUUGCCAACGGAGCGCAAAUAGAGCCACACGCUGGGAAAUGUGGCAAUGCCGCGAACUUGUUAGGUGGAGACGUUCUUCUGGACGGUGCACACUUCGAUAGAAUCCCCAGAGAAGGUAUCACUAUAUCAACCUGGGUGAAACUGGACACAAACAAGGGCAUACAAUCGAUAUUUGACACAGUGGGUAGCCAUUCGAAGCACAAAGAUGGGCAGUAUCAUUUUGAAAUUGAAAAUGGAAAAGUACGCUGGUUCCACAGAAACGAAAAUCACGAUACAAUAUUUAGUCUGCUCACGCGUCCUACCAUAAGGGAAGGUGUAUGGACACAGAUUACCGCUACGUACAGUGCCAGCAAACAGCGAGCAAGGGUUUUCGUCAAUGGAGAUAUGCGAGAGGAAGUCAAAGGACAAGGUCUGUUGUCUCUGGAUUGGGGAGGCAAGGCGGGAAUAGGACGACACAAGCACCCAUUUGGAAAUCGCCUAUUAAGAGGAAUGAUAGAUGAGUUCUAUAUAUUCCCUUGCGAGCUGCCACGUCUGGAAAUUCUCGUUUUGAUGAGGCACUGCCGUGUCUAUUUCACUAACAAACCUAAGAAGUUGACAGAGGAGUCCUCUACGACAAGAGGCUCUGCCACAAUUAUGACUCCGCCUGCAAAUGGGCAACGAUAUAAUGGACCUAUUGCUCUGCAACAAGCUCACCCGGCUGUUCCUCAGGGUAUAACUUCUCUGGGCCCGGCUUAUCAGAGGAAGCCAGCUCCUACGGACUAUGUUGCCGGUAAUCUACAGCAAAUUCUGGCUAGUUUAAAUGCUGAAGAACCAAAUCGUUCCGGCCUACAUCCUUCUUCACUUUAUCGACCACCUCAAGGCUAUUCAGCGCCUUUAAGUCAGAACAAACAACAAACGCUUUAUAGACCUGCUGCACCAUACACAAAAGAUAAACCGCUGUCUGGAGCCUCGCAGCUAAACCCGCAGCUGUGGUCUGCCAAUUUCUGGGCCAAUCAUCCACCUAGGUUAGCUGCACCCUUUGCAACACAAGCUUCGAUCAAGUAUAACACUCGAGGAGGUAUGCAGAAGGUGGCUUCAAUUAGGCAUGGUGUACCACCAACUAUGCAACCUCUGAAUGCGUAUCAUCCUCCUGGAACAGUACCAUCAUUUUUAGCUCAAGCUUCAUUUCGGCAUGAGAAUCCCGUCGCAAUGCAAAAGGUGAAUGCCAAUCGUCCUCCUGAUGUGCUGAAUCAACUGAAUACCGUUGGAGCGCAACGAGUUCCUUUGAGACAAAAUAAUAAUGGGCAGCUUCAACGAUUCAGUGCUCAAAAGGGACCCGAGAGACAAUAUCAAAGUCAAGGAACAAAGAUAAUUCAGCCAAAAGUUUCUUGGGGUAACAUUAACAGUGCUGAACAGUUCCAUACGCCAAUUAUUUGGCAUAUGCCUCUAGAAAACGCAAGAACGGGACCCCCUUUACGUUUGCAAAGGCCAUAUUACCCUGCGUCGCCGGUAGAUUCAACAGGCCAACGGACAUUGGAAAGAAUGAAGCCGCUGAACGUUUUCAACGGAGCAUAUGAACGAAACAGAACUGCAGGAAUUAUUCAAAAUGCCUAUGUUGCUCCAAGUGAACAAUUGCCUCUAAUUCAAAAACCGUUGGUUCAGAAACAGAGAGUUAACUUUAUGCAACCGUUGCGGAGACCUAGUAAUGUGAAUCCUCUGUUUAGGAGACCCAAGCCACAAGUACCAAUAUCUUUUCAGAGGCAACAACAGCAACAAAAAUCACUCGCAGAUAAGAUGCCCUUGCUGGAGCAGCCUAAGCAUGUCUCUCAGAGCGAUGUUCCAGCGUCAUCGCCAUGGCAAAAAGAGAUGCCAUCUACCCAAAUGGCUACUUCAACCAAGGACCAAUCACCAGGUCGACCAUAUUAUUCCAGUAACAUGCCAAGACCGCCAUAUUUACCUAAUGUACAGCACAGGCUUCUAACAAUACCAGCAAGGACGCAGAUACCUUCGAAAGGUCCCCUUGCACCAACGACAUGGAAAAUACCCCAAGGAAUUCCACCGAGGCAGAUAGCACCUUUCAGUCCACAUUUUAUUUCUGGGAAAAACUCUUGGCCUUGGGGUCCUUGGAGAAACCAGGCUUCACCAGUAGCACAAGCAUCAAGUCGUUCAACCGGGGUUUCUCGUCUCCAAGCAUACGGUAACCCUCUUGCAAGUUAUCAUCCAGGUGCUGGUCUUGUUAGCAAUUUGCCAGCAUCCCCGUACACAAUGUCACCCAAGGUAUUGCUAUACUACUAUUUUUAUCCUAAAACAAUUAACCGGCCUCUUAUGAAAAUGACGAGCCUGAAAGGGGAGAAACUGGACGGAAACUAUUUACAAAAGUUAACACAACAAAUUUCCAGUGCUGCGUUGAACAACAUGCCAGGAGUAGCUAUGACAACAGGUAACCCGACUGUAACUGGACAAACGAAGGGAAAAUCAACUGUUACAAAAUUCAACAAGGUUCCUAACGGAAGCUCCAAACAACUUACACAGAUCCCUUAUGUGCCGCACUACAACCUUGAAACAGGGUCAGCAAAUUUUCCCUUGUCAAGAGGUAUGUCUACUGGUCCAUUGGCCAAACGCUUCCGUGGUAAGACUCAAGCUCAAACGCAUCUUUUACUUCCUCAGCUUAGAAAGGGUGCGGCACAAUUGACUUCUCUUCCACUAAUACCAUACCAGACUGCAUGGACAUCCCCACAUGUUACUUACCCACACAGCAAGCUCAUAACUCAGCCACAAAGAGUUGCUUACCCGCAGCGUCUGGCUGUGGCAGACAGAGAGUCACAACUAACAAACGGACUGCUUAACCGACCAAUCUACAUAGAAACAGUACCAUAUCAACUUUAUUACCAACUCCAAAAAAUGCCUUCCUUUAACACUCAAUCUAGUACACAGCAAUACCUAGCUAGGGUAUUGAACGAUAUUCUCAGGUUACGAUAUGGUAAGCUAAAACACAAAAAGAGAAAACGUGGAGUGAAAGAGAAAUCUAGAAAGGAUAAGGAUAGCAGGAAAGGAAUGGGCAGAAGAUAAUGAGAGUCAGUAAAGUUUUAGCAAAAGUUUUAGAUAUUACUUUUUUGAAAUAGUUCUUCGUUUUUUGUGUGCAUGUGGUAUUUUAUAAUAGAUGAUCGCACAACACUUCUUUCAAAGGGAGGAAGCUUUGUGUGACGAAGGAAGCUAAUAGUUUUGAAAGUGAGCCAAGAUGGUUUCUGUUUGGGCUUAUGACUAAAUCGAGGUUUUAGCCGCCCCCGCCAGUUCAUAAGGGUGAUGAAUCCAAAAAGAUACCCUGUGACUUUAAAAUUUUCCGUCAACAACAUUAUUUAACAAAGCUUUGUGUAACCUGGGACCACACGGAAUCACGAAACACGAGUACUGCGUCAACGUAACCAACCUGGCAUCACCAGACUUUUGAACCAAAAGACUAAGUAAAUUGCAUAUUUCAGCAAUGUUUGAAUUUUCUCAGCUACUUUUUGAGAGCAGCAAAGGGACUCUAAGAGUAAAGAUUAAAAUGACGUGUUUUUGUUGUGAUAUUUAAUAGGAUAGUACACAUGGUUAGCGCUAGUUUGUUGCGGUCAGUUUUUAAUCAAUGAUUUAGAAUUGCGUACAAAUGAUGUAAAUAUUGACGAGAAGCAAAGGCAGUUAAUAUAAUGUUUCAAGUCAAUGAAAUACAACUUUAUUAGAAUGCAAAAAAAAAAUUGUAAAAUAUCUUGAUUCUAAUAAAGUUACUAACUGUGAAACGUCUAAUAGCUAUUGAUUAUUAAUGAACUAAUAGCUAAAAGUAAUAACUAAUAGCUAAUUCUUAAGUACAGCAAUUCAUAAUGUCAUUAAAAUACAAUUUUUCUAGCAGCAAUCGUUACCAAAGAACAUUGACAUGACGUGACGUGACGUAACUUGACGUUAGUUUGUUUUCAGGUUUUUUUUUCACUACAACAGUAAUCCAGAUUAUCCGUCUACAGAUACCGUUGACGUUGUAUAAUAUGACAUACGUUUGACUCCACUAAGCAAUUUUAGCAUAUUACAAGCUUUUCCUUCACACAAAUUCGACGUCCUAUAAGGUUUUAAUUUUGUUCAUUUGCAAAAAGAAAGAAAUCUCUUAAGGAUUCAACAAUAUCAGAGAUGUCCAUACAUCUUCUCAGAACUAACGCAUAUUCUAAAAGAAUUGUAAGUUCAAUUUCUUAUUAUUAAAAGUCUAAAUUAUCCAUUGUGCCUCAGCUAAACGCUUUUUAGUGACAGCAACCUCUUGAACCCAAUUAAGAAACCAAUUUUUUCUGUAAAACUCAAGGUUUCCAAAAUCCAACUGACGUUUUAACAAGCCGCAAGGUAACGGCUCUUAAUGACCUACCGUGCAAGUAUCAUCUUUGUUUUUAUCAACUGACGACACUUUGAUGACCAGAACACGACCAUCCACGCGCAUGGAAUAACUGUUGCAUGGCGACUUCACGUGACAGUAAGUUUAAUUAUCUAACGCUUUUUAUAAUGUCUUCAUCCCACCCUGUAUGUUUUUAAGAGUUUUUAGCAUUUAACUUUAAUCUUAACACUAUGCUGUUGUAUUCUAGCAAAUUACUUCACUAUUUCUGUUGCGCCAUAAUUUUGCAUCAAAACGUGGGUCAGUCACUUUCUCUACAAAACAGGCACGCCAUUGGCCAAUAGAAACGCACACUAGUAAGGGACUUAAAUAGGCAAACAAUUUAGUGACAUUAAAUGAAUUCACUCCCUAGAGACACAGUUAAGGGGCAAAUAGAAGUACACAGUUGAAGGACCAAUAGAGGCCCGGGGAAUCAUAAAGAGGGGCUCAAAAUAGGUAGCACCUAUUUUGUAAAGUCUGUUUAUACUUCUUGGAACAAGCCACACAAUUUUAGUGGCCCAUCAAAAUAAAGCCAUCAUGUAUUGACGAUGAAAGGGUUGUUAUCAAACUGUAACAAUUUUAUCCAUUUUUACCUCUUGUAAACUACAUACUACCCGUUAUUUUAUCAACGAUUUCAUGGGUAUCUUAUGUUGCCUUCCUUUUUUUUU